AUGGCUCAAGCAUCAGAAAUGGAUAAGAAUAAUUCUGCUACGAUUGAACAACCUCUCGGAGAGAUUGUUGCCGAUUGUACACCUCGCGCUCGACCUGCUUCGAAUCCAGAACAUCAUCAUUUUCAAGGUCGCUAUUGUCGAUUAGAAUUACUCACUUCUAAUACUGAUCCAACAAUCAUCAAACAACUCUAUGACGCUUUUAAACCUACUGAACAAACUCAUUUUACCUAUCUGAAAUAUGGACCAUUCAAGACCGUUGACGAAUUCGUAGACCUCAUUCGUACAUUGGAAUCGUCCCCGAACAAUAUCGUACUGUAUAGUGUCAUUGUGAAUAAUCGAGCAGUUGGAUUUCUCAGCUAUUUAAGAAUCAAAGAGCACCAAGCUGCACUCGAAAUUGGACAUAUUAAUUUCAGUCAACAGUUGGUGCGUACUCGAGCAGGUACUGAAGCAAUAUAUUUGUUAAUUGAACAUGCCUUUGAUACACUCAAAUACAGACGCGUAGAAUGGAGAUGUCACGCAUUGAAUGCCAAGUCACGUCAAGCCGCAUUGCGCUUAGGUUUUCAGUAUGAAGGUACGUGGCUGAAAUCAGACAUCGCUAAAGGUCGAUCAAGAGACAACGCGUGGUACAGUAUUGUGGACGAUGAAUGGCCAUUGCUAAAACAAGAAUUUCAACGAUGGCUGAGUAAAGACAAUUUUGAUGAAAAUGGACAACAAUUGACAAAAUUAAAUGCAGCACAAGUCAAUCCGCGUAGCAAGAAUUUAAUGACAUAA